AUGACUGUUAAGAUGUCCAAUAAUUCUCCCAGUCAAGAAAGUACAGAAAGCGAUUCAGAAAAUUCUAUCGAACUAAAUGUUAAUUUGGAUGCUUUACAAAAGUCCGCAUCAAACGUAUUUCACGUACAAUGUACCUCUAUACAAGAAUUUAGCAAAGGUGGUUUUCAUAAAGUAUACAUCUUAAAAAUGGAAGAUGGUAAAGAAUAUAUUGGAAGAGUAGCAUUCCCUGUAUAUCUACAAUGGAAGACAGAAAGUGAGGUAGCAGCUAUGGAGUAUAUUCGUUUAAAUACGACUAUCCCUGUUCCCAAAGUUUAUUAUUGGAAUAGUUCUGUCAAUAAUUCAGUGGGAGCAGAAUAUAUUUUAAUGGAACAUUUACCCAGUAUUCGUCUUUGUGACAUCUGGA